AUGGCUGGCGAGCUGUGGGCAGACUCGCAAGAUGAUGAUGAGGCCAGCGAGGGGGCGGAGGAAACCCGGCCCAGCGAAACUGAGAAGCACAAUGACAUUUGGCACCUUGCCAAAGCGCUGGUCGUCCGGAAUGGGCAAGGAGCCAUCAUCAAACUGUCCGGCAGCGAAGACAAAGCUUGGCUUCCGCAUGAGAAGAUUCGAUUUUGCCCCGGACGCGGCGAGGUGGAGCUGUGCGAAGCGCUCCGCAAGCCAAUCAAGGUGCGUUUGGACGCAAGCCGCCAACAUACUGGUCUUCCAAUUGCUUCCAUGUGGAAUGCUGAAGAUGACGAAGAUCAGGAUGGUGCAUUCCGCAGAUGGCAGCAGCGAAAGGCUGAGCGCGGCACCCGAGAAAGGGAAAGGAAGAUCGAACAGCUACGAAGGGCCUACAACCCAGAAGAGUGGCUGGACGGGACGGUGGUGUCUGUGAAGAACUUUGGCGUCUUCGUGGACAGCGUGCAUGAGUUGAGGAUGAUGAUUCCCCUGGGCUACAUCCCAGAUACGCUGCUCCUCAAUGGAACUCCAGACCUGGAUGUGGGCAGCUCCGUGCAGUUUCGAAUAUGUGGCUACCGCGGCAAAGACCACAAAGGCCAAGACCGUUUCAGCUGCUCAAUGCUGCCACCGGCAUCAAAGGAGGAGGAGGAUCAGAAGCCGAGACCUUCAAAGGGUAAGGGCAAGGGCAAGGGCAAAACCAAGCAAAAAGGCGGUGCAGACCGCGGCCGAAAAGGUGCGGCUGGCGGGGACCAGACUUCAGGCUACUCCGUGUGGGUACCCGACCGCAUGCUGGAGAGCGAAAGCACGCUGGCACGGCAGGAGAAGUUUGAGGUGAACGCCCUUCAGGCCGCAUACCUUGAAGAGCAGUACGGGCAGACGGACCGGAGGGCCACGCUGGCUCGAAAGGGCUUCACUGUGGUUGAUUAUGCGACAUCUUUGCAGUUGGCCCAGGCCUUCAAGCCGAAGACCGAAGCCAAAGCUGAAGUGACACUGAAACCGACGCCUGUGUGGCUCACCUUUCAAAGCCGCCGAAAGCUGGUUGGCAAGAUCCAAACAUGCGCAUCCAUGACCACCUCGGAGAAGGAGCGCCUUGCCGUAGAUGUGGCCUUGGAG